AUGGGUUGCAUAAAUACAGUUGAUAAAGACCAAAAAAUAGAAAAGAUUAAAGAACUGAUUGACAUUUUUAACAGCAUUGAAUAAUAAUUUUAUGAAUUAAACAAAUCAUUUUACAAAAAUAUUAGAAAAUAAAUAAACAAAACCUAAUUAAAAGUUAAAUAUAAUUUAGUUAUUCUUUUUUAGAAUUUUAAUAAUCAAGAUACUCAGUGCUCUAUUCCUAGUGAUUUAAAUAUUGAUAGUGAAUAUAUAUAAUAAUACUACUAAAAAAUAGAAGAAUUCUAAGAUUAUUUGCAAUGCAACAUUUGCAAAGCUUCUCUUGCCCUUUAAAGCUGCGGUUAAAAAUAUACCAACAAUAUCCAUUACCUCAUCCUUGAAAGAUACAUCAAUAAAUUCUAUCAUUUUGCUUAUGAAUUCUAGAUCCCUGAUAUUAAAUAAAACAAAAAGCAAAAACAUGUCGGCACCUUAGAUGACAUUGGUUCAUUAUGUGAGAGCGUAAUAAUGGACUGA